UAAAUUGAAUUUUCCUCCCAUCUAAUAUACUACUACCAACGUUUACCACAUGGGGGAGACAGACGGUUAUUCGAGGUAAUCUGCAGACAUGUUGGAGCCCAUCUCAGUUGACAUUGCCAUAUCUUGGACUGGUGGUCAAGCAUUCAUACCUGAGAACAAUCUUUUCUUCAGUAAAAUUAAAGUGCGUGUUUCUGGAAUGUGGGAGGAGGCCACAGUAGUGGGAGAACAUGCAAAUUCCUCACAGGAAUGUUUUAAAUCCUGACCCCCGGAACUGUGAGGCGGAAAUGCCAAUGCUAUGGAGUUGAAAAUAUAAUAAUUAAAAUGGAAUGUAGGUAAUGUGGUUAUUGAUCAACACCCGAAUCAAAUAUGUAAUUUCGACACGUUUUGGUUCAUGUGAUUGCUGAGGGUAUUAAAACCCAAACGCAAAUUGUAAAUCUUUGAGGCCACCCAGCGCACACAUGUACAGGAAGCUUUUCCGAGAAGCACCUAUGGAUCUUAUUGUGGCUAAAACGGUAAGAAAAGUGUCUUACGCAUUUGUUCUGGGCUCAAAUCUCAGAUUUUAGUGGAGUUUGACUCUGUGCUCCAUCCAGGUAUUCUGAUUCUAAGACUCAAACCUGCCUAUAGUUAUGAAUAUGUGUGCAAAUAGUUGUCUCUAUGUGCCCUGUAGUUGGCUGGCUGGGAUAGGAUCGAGGAUAGGGGGUGGAACAUGAAUGGAUAACAGAUCUUAUUUGGAAUACUUUGUGCGGCCGUAUCCGAAAUGUACUCGGGAAUCCCGUCAUUGGGAUACUCAAGAUAUUCACACACAGUUGUCUGGAAUGUGGCACCUCAGCAUUAGUUGAGUCUCUAAUUGAGUUGUCUGGUAUUCUCACGUCUGUUUUUAGACUGCUUGAUGUUAUAUCUUUUAUGGAUUAUUUUUGGAGUAGGGGUAAAAAGGUGUGAUGUAUUGCAAAAUCAGCAUACCCGAUUAUCCAAUAUCUUGGAAAACCGUCGUUAUAGAUUGGGAUAAUACUUUGAUUUUCUUUCAAAAUUGAAAUUUCUCUAAGGGUUGCAUUAAAGAGAAUAUAUUAUGGAAAAGUAACUUUAGUUCUUUGUAAACCAGUUGGGUCUUCGAGUGACUGUUUUUAGCCUAUUUCUAAAAAUGUCCAUCUGCACUUUGUGUAAUUUACAGUACUACAUAAUAACGGCUGGCACACCCAAGUUUACCCACCCCUGGCUUGGCAGCCAGCCUGGAUGAAGACUCAGAGCUAUUCUCAAGAUUAUAAAACACAAUCGAUGCAGAGACAAUAUCAUGCAGAAACACCCACAUGCACAUAAUUGACUAAAUGCUUCCUUCAGGCCAUUGCAGGGUAUCACCAACAUGAGGCCAGCUGCAUUUAAACGGAUCCAGCGCGAGUUUCAGAUGUGGUUGGUUACAUUUGGACAAAAGCCCAGACCAACAAGACACUUUAUUUUAAAUCCUACGCAAAGAACUCGGCAACAUUUUGGGAAAACUGUAAACCACUGACGUCACCUUGCCGCUUGGCCGCGUGGUUGAAGGGUCACAGUGAAACCGUCCAAAAAGAAUCACUUCUCCGCCCCCCAGCUCCGCUUUCCCGACGUCUGCGAAUUGCAGGGCGCCAGUGGGCGUGAGCUUUAUUCUGAGUCGGUGCUCUCAGGGCGCAUGCGAACUGAGGCCCCGAAUGGGGAAAGCCUUGUACACAGAUCUAAGGCAGCUGGUUUGAUUAAACUACUACACAGGAAGGCGGCAAGAAAAAGGGGGUAGGGAAUGAGGCUGCCACCCACCCAAACUAAAACUUCCCAAACAGAAGGCAAGCACAUGGAAACGGCAAAUUUACUGACAUUUUUCCAGCUUGCCGUGGAAACCUUCUGUUUGUGAAUCCCACCAGUCAAAAGGGCACUGGAGGCCCUUGCGAGCAGCCUGUCUAAGCCAAUAGACUGACCCCGAAGUCUUUGCGAGCGAGUUGGUGUGAAGCUCUGUUGAGGGGGAGGAGGGUUUGUGGGAGGUAGGUGGGAGGCCACCGUGGGGCUCUUCCAGAAGGAGUCGGAGCAGUCGCUGACUGAGAAAAGAGGAGGAGGAGAUGGCCACCGGAGAGAUUACCACGCUUCCCUCCACGCCUGAAGACGGUAGCAGUGGCUUUCCACCCGGAACUUUCAAGGAACCCAAAAGGCUAUACUGUAAGAACGGCGGCUUCUUCUUGCGGAUCAAAUCCGAUGGGGGCGUGGACGGAAUCCGGGAAAAGAGCGAUCCCCACAUAACUCUUCAGCUGCAGGCCACAUCAGUCGGGGAGGUGGUCAUCAAGGGGGUUUGUGCCAACCGCUACCUGGCCAUGAACAGAGACGGGCGACUGUUUGGAGCGAGACGAGCGACCGAGGAAUGUUAUUUUUUGGAGCGCCUUGAGAGCAACAACUACAACACGUACCGCUCCAGGAAGUACCCCACCAUGUAUGUGGCACUGAAGCGGACCGGCCAGUAUAAGUCUGGAAGUAAAACUGGACCGGGUCAGAAGGCCAUCCUCUUCCUCCCGAUGUCCGGCAAGAGCUAACUUGGGACGAGCCGGAGUCAUGUUCAUGUCUUAAGGUGCGGUGGCGGUGAAGGUAUGUCGCCACUGUCGGAAAGAAGUUGCUGUGAUCAUUUUACAACUGUUACAUCCAUCCUUGUUUUGUUUUUUUUCCUCCAACAAUCCCAACUUGGCAUGAAGAGAUCAGGGUCCCAGGUGAAGGAGGAUUUGUUAAUAUACCUUCAUAUUAUGUGAUGUUUUUUUAAGCUAAACCUUUCAACACAAGGUGUCUUGGAGAGGGCAUCUCACACACUUUAAAUGAAACUUCAAGCACGUAUUCUAACACUUGAUGCAUCUUCCUGAGGCGUUUUAAUACAUUUGUGCUUCACUGGAGCAGAACGAAAUCAAUGCAAAACAAGUGGCGUGAAAAUGGUUCAAUUAAGUAUCAAUGUAGAUGCUGUAGUUUGCCUGUUUGUAAUAAUGCAACAGUAGAAGCUAAGGACUUUAGCUUCUGAUCCACAGAGGUAGGACAUACUGGUUCCUACUCGGCAAAUAUGAUUCUUGGAGGUAGGUCUGAAAUAUUGGAGAUUAGAGCCGGGAGAAUCUGCUGUUGGAUUUUUGCGUUCAAUAGGAGCCACACAUUUUUUGGGAUUCUUUCCAGAUUUUGCGCCUGUGUGCCAUUCAAGAACAAGUGACGCCAUUUGCAAUGUCACAGUAAUUUUGACACGUCAACUUGGAAAGCCUUUCAGAAUUUUGUACUGUAUGAACUUAAUGGGCCCGCGACCCUCGUGAGGAGAAGCUGUUCAGAAAAUAGAUGGAUGAACUUAGUGGUGGAGAUCUUUGCUGUCAGUUGAGCGGAAAAGUGGUUUCCCAAGGUCACAAAAAACAAAUGGUCAAAGAAAUAGGUUGAGAAAUAAUGUAUUAAGACUGUCUCACUCAAAUUUGAAGGCACUUAUGAUCAGAUUUUUAGAGCCGAAAUUGGCAAUUUUUUCUCCUCAACAUUAAGAUCACUUUUUUCCUAGGACUCAAUUUGCAGUGCCCAUUCCACCAUUAUUGAAAUAUCACAUUUCUACAUAUAUGUAUUGGUGUGGCAGUCAUAUACAACCAGCAUCCCAUCCAAGACUUGAUUAAUCCUAAAACAAGAGGACUUCAGUUUAAAAAAUCUUAAUGCACAGGGAAGGUGAUAGUUGCCGAGUUGGGGUGACAGUCGGAUUGGGCUGUUUGUCAGAAAGCUGAGGUACGAUUGGUUGUCAAAUGCACUGUUCCCAACCUGUAUCGUCUCAAAAAUAAAACCGGAAAAAUUGAAUUAACAGUACUUGUAGUCCGCAAUAGAGGUGGUUUAAUUAUAUUAAAUAGUACCGAGAACAUAAGGUCCAGUCCCAGUCUUCACAUUGUUCGUUAAGGUGAAGGAAUCCGUCGAUGGUAGAGCUGGUAAAACAUCCCCGAGUAGACGGCGGGGAGCUCCUCCAUGCUGAGGUCGAUGCGCUCAAAGCCGUGCUUCAGCCCGUGCAGCAGCACCUUUGCCACACGGGACGUAAUGGGCGUAGUGUCGGUGGUACGCGCCAGCUCGGCGAGGCUAAACCAUUCGCAACGCUCGCACUCGUGCCUGCAGAAAUGGAUGUCGUAGCUGAGCGGGCUGAGGCGGCAGAUGACGUACAUGUCGGACAUGCCAAAAGCCCCCGGGUGGUUGUGCUGCUGACGAAUGCUCAGCAGGGAUCGGAAUUCGGAGCGGAUGCCCGUUUCCUCCAAAACUUCCCGCACCGCCGUCACUCCUGGGAAGGAUUCGGUGUCGCAGAAUAACGUAAAGUUACGACAACUAUAAUAGUAAAGCUGCUUUUGUCUCUCUGUGUGCACUUCAAACAAAUGUACAGUACGUCAUGGGUUCUCAAACUUUUUGGGGGUCUAGGAACUUCUUACAGAGGAGUAUUUAUUCCAAUGAGCCCUUACAUACCCAAUGGCAUCCCAACAUAAUCAGAGCUUUUAAUUAGCCCAAAGAGAGAAUUGAGUUUUCUUGGCCUGUCAUUCCACAUUUGAAGGUAAUGCAUUUUGUCUUUAUUCAUAUGAAGUGAUUACUAAUUAUUUUGCGGAUCCCCAAUAUACGACCCCAGUUUGAGAACCACUGAUAAUAAAAGAUGGUGGUGUUAGCUUCUCGCUAGGGUGCUAACUUUACACUCACCGAUAUUCUCUCCGGGAUCCGAUAGCCCGCCGGGGAACUUCCAGGCAUUUUUUGUCUGCCAAAAAAAAAUCAAAGUGAGACAUUUCCUCACUUAAUAGCAAUACAUUUUUAACAAUAACUAUUUCAUAGCAGAACUGCAAUUCUAGUUACAGUUCUUAGUGCAACAUUUUAUUAUUAAAGUUGAGGGGGGGAAAUCUAAUUUCAGCAUAUUAUCAAGAAUUCUGAGAUUUUUCUCGUCACUCAGGACAGACAAAAAAUAACAAAAGCAAGAAACCAAGUGUUUGAUAAAUGACUCGAACCAAAGUUAACUAGCUAGCUAGUGCAACAUUUUGUGUUUUCAAACGUUCUGUUUGUUCAUUUGCAGACAUUUCACUGGAAAUGUAAGUGAGAAUGCAUUUUUAGUUCAAAAUCACAACACAACCCGUUUUUUUCCCCCCCUUGUUCCAGAUUCUUGCAAGCCAUAAAUAUUUAAUCACUACAUAGCUUUAAAAAAGUGCAGUAACGUGUUUUUGUGUCAUUGACUAGAGAAGUGUAGUGCAGUGAAGUGUCUUUCAACAAUAACAAAAGAUAGUCUCACCACUUAUCCUUGAUAUUUAAUAAUAACGGAAUGCUGCUGAUUAAAUUAUACUGUUGGUGUGUGUGUGUAUGUGUGUAUGUAUAUAUAUAUCUAUUUUUGUAGGUCUAUUUUGUAUACAGCGCAGAAAUGUAAACUACACAUUAGGACUGUAUGAGGAACACAAAAAUGCACAAAUAAAGCUGCAUUUUAUUUGUAUGUUUCUAACCAAAUGCUUUACUGCUGGAAUUGUUUUACACAUGGUCAAAUACAAGAUUUUGUGACACUACAAA